AUGACCCAUCCAACUUCCACUGAAAUCUACUUCAAUUUAAACAACGGUACAAGAAUACCAGCAAUUGGGUUGGGUACUGCGUCUCCUAAGGAUAGAUAUCCUGAAACUAAGGAAGCUGUCAAAGCUGCCAUAAGAGCUGGUUAUAGGCACAUUGAUACUGCAUAUUUUUAUAAAACGGAACCAUACAUUGGUCAAGCUUUAAAGGAAUUGUUUGAAAGUGCUGAAAUUAAGAGAGAAGAAUUAUUUAUUACAACUAAGGUUUGGCCGACAUUUUGGAAUAAUCCAAGUGAUUCUAUCGACCAAUCUUUGAAAGAUUUAGGAAUUGAUUAUGUUGAUUUGGUUUUACAACAUUGGCCAGUUUGUUUCCAAAAGGUUGAAAAUUCCCAGGGAAAUAUCAUUGGUUUACCAAGGGAUAAAGAUGGUAAUGCAUUGUUUGAAAAAGAUGCAGACUGGUUAUUUACCUACAAGGCCUUGGAGAAAAUUUAUUUGGAUCCAAAGGAUAACCGCGUGAGGGCCAUCGGUGUUUCAAAUUAUCCAAUUGAAUAUUUGGAAAGAUUAUUUAAAGAAUGUAAAGUUACUCCUGCCAUUAAUCAAGUUGAGGUACAUCCUCAUCUUCCUCAAUUAGAACUAAACAAGUUCUGUCAUGAUCAUGCUAUCUUGUUGACUGCAUACUCUCCCCUAGGUUCAGAUGGCGCUCCAAAUUUGAAGAUCAAAAGUGUACAAGAUUUAGCUAAAAAAUAUAAAGUGGAACCAGCUGAUAUCUUAACUUCAUACCAUAUCUCAAAGGGUAACGUGGUUCUUCCAAGAUCCUUGAAUCCAAAAAGAAUUGCAGCAAACGUUUCCUUUGCAAAAUUAACAGAUGAUGACUUAAGUAAAUUAGAUCAAGUAGGUAUCGAUGAACCAAACAGAUUCAUAGACGAAUUCUUUACUUCGGAAAUCCCAGGCUUUACCGGCACAAAGUAA